AUGUCAUUGGGCGUAAUUGUCGCUUCCUCCAGGGCCCCAAGGACAAAUCCCUUCAGCGUGAAGCGGAUCCGCGAUAAGCUCUCAGCCGGCAAAGAGCACUUUGAGACAUUUCUCAACUAUCGCCGAGAUGGUUCGCCUUUCAUGAACCUCCUUAUGGUUGCUCCCCUGUAUGACAGCCGUGGCGCUGUUCGUUACUUCAUCGGCGCUCAGGUCGACGUGUCGGGUCUUGCCAAGCAGAUCUCGGGUCUGGAUGCCCUCCAGAACCUGGUCGCCGCGAGAGAGUCCGCUGCGGCUGCCGGCGAUACGAACGAAGACGAAGACCCAGAUGACAAGGACGAGUUUCAGAACCUCUGCGACAUGUUCAACAUGACGGAGCUGGAGACGGUACGGCGGCGCGGUGGUAAUAUGCAUCGCGUGCCACAGGAUGAGCAUCAAGACGCAUCGGCAACCAACUGGCACAAGCCCCGCAUCCUGCUGCAGGACGAGACAUCGUCCAUCCAGAAACGCGGCGUGUCGAUCGCCUCCUCGGUGACAGACAGCGGAAAGCUCCCCGGGAUUUACGAAUACUACCUGCUUGUCCGCCCGUACCCCAGUCUGCGCGUCCUUUUCGCCUCUCCGUCUCUAAGGAUGCCCGGCAUUCUCCAGUCCAACUUCAUGGACAAAAUCGGCGGGUCUAACCGAGUCCGCGACGGGCUUCACCAGGCCUUCGAGGGCGGCCACGGGGUCACCGCCAAGGUCCGAUGGAUGAGCACGCCUCACAGCGAGGGCCGGGUGCGAUGGAUACACUGCACCCCUUUGCUCGGCAGCAAUGGCGCCGUCGGCGUCUGGAUGGUUGUCCUAAUCGACGAAGAGUCUGACGGCACUGCAAAAAAGGGGAAAGACGCGCCCCCGGUCGACGGACGGCUGCGUAAAUCCCCUGCCGCCCUGCAGCGCGAACGCAAUUACGUGGACAAGGACGACAAUCUGAGCCUAGCCGGCUACAUCGCUACGACGACCAAGAGCCGCGACGACGAGGUUGGUGGCCAUGACGAAUUCGAUAUAUCAAUCGUCCGCCCUGGGAGUCGCGCGAGUCGUCAUUCCAGUCUUUUAAGCCGCGAACCGGGCACUCCACGGCGGAAUAAGACCCCGGCGUUUGACUACGAUGAUGAGCCGUCCCGAUCUACUUAUACUGUACGACUAGAGGAUUAA